GGCACCCACAAAUCCAGGAUGAUAGGCGACACUGCAACAAAUCUCUUCGCCCAGCAGUUCAGGGGGCUCCGAGGGAAACCGCAAGUCCAGGGAUCCGGGCCGGGAGCCCAGUGAGGCCGCAGCCCUGCGCGCCCUGGGCGUAACUGCUGUUACAGUUCACUCAAAUGUCCUGCAGUGACAUGUGGCAAUGCAGGGACCGCAGACCCGGAUUGAGCCGAGAAAAUCUUGGAAAAUGUAUACAAGUCAUGAAGAUAUUGGGUAUGAUUUUGAAGAUGUCCCCAAAGACAAGAAGACACUUAAAUCCCACCCAAACAUUGAUGGCGGAUGGGCUUGGAUGAUGGUCCUUUCCUCUUUCUUCGUGCACAUCCUCAUCAUGGGUUCCCAGAUGGCCCUGGGGGUCCUCAAUGUGGAAUGGCUUGAAGAAUUCCAUCAGAGCCGCGGCCUGACCGCAUGGGUCAGCUCCCUCAGCAUGGGCAUCACCUUGAUUGUGGGACCUUUCAUCGGCUUGUUCAUUAACACCUGUGGCUGCCGUGGGACAGCGAUCAUUGGAGGACUCGUGAACUCACUGGGCUGGGUACUGAGUGCCUAUGCUGCCAACGUUCAUUAUCUCUUUAUUACCUUUGGAGUGACAGCUGGCUUUGGGAGCGGGAUGGCCUACCUGCCGGCCGUGGUCAUGGUGGGCAGAUACUUUCAGAAAAGGCGCGCCCUUGCCCAGGGCCUCAGCACCACGGGGACCGGCUUUGGCACCUUCCUCAUGACGGUCUUGCUGAAGUAUCUGUGCGCGGAGUAUGGGUGGCGGAACGCGAUGUUCAUCCAAGGCGCCGUCUCCUUAAACCUGUGUGUUUGCGGGGCGCUCAUGAGGCCCCUCUCUCCUGGGAAGGAGGGAAAGGACCCAGCAGGGAGAGAUCCGCAAGUCCCCCCUGCCCACUCCACGGAAUCGGUUAAGUCUAGUGGACAGCUGGGCACGGCAGGCGAAAAGGAGGACAGUCCCGGGCGCGAGGAGACCGUGGGUGACCUUGCAGACCAGGCGUGCCCCGAGGAGGUCGGGCACAGGAAGAACAUGUACGCCUUUCGGAUGCUGAAGAUGGUGAGCCAGCUGACCCUCAGGGUCAGGAAGGGCUUCCAGGAAUGGUACUCCGGCUAUUUUGGAGCAGCCUCACUCUUUACUAAUAGGGUGUUUGUAGCCUUUAUUUUCUGGGCUCUGUUUGCAUACAGCAGUUUUGUCAUCCCUUUCAUUCACCUCCCAGAAAUAGUCAAUUUGUAUAAUUUAUCAGAGCAAAACGACGUUUUCCCUCUGACGUCAAUUAUAGCAAUAGUUCAUAUCUUUGGAAAAGUGAUCCUGGGCAUCGUGGCGGACUUGCCCUGCAUCAGCGUCUGGAAUGUCUUCCUGAUGGCCAACUUCACCCUUGUGCUCAGUAUUUUCCUUCUGCCACUGAUGCACACAUAUGCCAGCCUGGCGGUCAUCUGCGCUCUGAUAGGCUUUUCCAGCGGUUACUUCUCCCUGAUGCCCGUAGUGACUGAAGACUUGGUGGGGAUUGAGCACCUGGCCAAUGCCUAUGGCAUCAUCAUCUGUGCUAAUGGCAUCUCUGCAUUGCUGGGACCACCGUUUGCAGGGUGGAUCUACGACAUCACACAAAAAUAUGAUUUUUCCUUCUAUAUAUGUGGUUUACUUUACCUGGUAGGAAUCCUCUUUUUACUCAUUCAACCAUGUAUUCAGAUUAUAGAACAAUCCAGAAAGAAAUGCAUGGGUGGCACACAGGUGUAGUGUUACGUGAUGUUUCAUGUGAGAUUUCCUUGUGGUUCUCACACCUACCUCGCCUGGUCGCUGUGAGGAGCCAAUGACAUAUCGUGGGAAAAUGCUUUUGUACGGUCACUGGCACUGUCAUUUGUAAAUGCCAUCAUCAUUGCUUCAUGUAAGAGCAGCACUGCCUUCUUCCACUUGGGGAGAAGUGAUGAAUGGUAUUAAGGACUUCACGCGUUGUAGGGGUGACAAUGUCCUUCCAAGACAGCCUAUUAGUAAUUGGUAGAAAUGCCCUCAUAAAAACCGUUUUCUUUCGCCAUCCACUGGGACUAGGGUUUUAGAUACAGCUUUUUAAAACAGAGACAAGGAAUAAAAGCUUUUCAGCCCAACUACUGGCAGACCUCAUUAUAUUGCGCUUCACUUUAUUGCUUUUCACAGAUAAUUGUGUUUUUUACAAAUCGAAGGCAAGACCCUCCACCAGCAAAAGGGUUGCAACUUGCUUUAUUGUGACUCUCACUUUGCUGCAGUGGUCUGUAACCAAACCCGCAAUAUCUCUGAGGUCUGCCUGCACUGUGUAAAGUGACAAUAAAAUAUCUAAAUGCUUCUGGGAAGCUCACAGAUAAAUGGGUUUUAAGCACAAGAAUAUGACUAGGUUUCAGAAAUUCAUUGUUACAGGAAGCCAUUGAUCUCUCACUGUAAAAUAAAUGCAGGCUGUAAUUUCAAAGGUAAUACGUAUAGUACAAUUAAAGAAAAAAUGUCUAUUUUUGUGAAAGAAUUCUGCAGCUCGGGAGUACAAUUUCUCAAUCUUCCUCCAAGAAAAGCAUUUGCCAUCAGUCCUAAUCCAGUAAGAUCCAGUUAUACACGGAAUCUUAAGACAAAACCUAAGUAACCAUUUCCUUAGUGAAAGUUGUAUUUGUACUCACAACUUCUGAAUCAAGGGCUAUGAUUCAAGCACUUUAGUUCAUAUCAUCCUCCUCUUUGUUUAUGAGCACUAUUUGGGGCCUAUAAAAAAAUUUUCUGAGUUCCCAUGCUCGGUAAAUAAAAUAGAGAACUAAUUGCGGGUUGAUAUGAAGUUGGUGGUUAAAUCAUUUGUAAAAUGUGUUACAAAUCCAGAAUAUAAGACUGAGGUUGUAAGGGUAAUAAACGGAACCGCCUUGGUGUGGGUGUCUGUGCACCUGACCUUGGAGUAGUGGUAGCAAACAGCUCCUCUCCAGUGGCUGAGCUAUACACAGUUUAAAAACAGUCUCCUGAACUAUUUCCUACAGAAGAUAACUGUAAUCCAUGACAUCAAAUUCUCUUCUUUUAUCUGAGAGCUCUAUUUUUCUAAGCCAAAGAUUUUUCAGAUUGCAGAAUGUUCUUCCCAGAAUCAUUUUGAAAUUUCUGGCUGCCUUACUUGUUUACACAUAUUUUAGAACUGUUUAAAUUUCUACUCACAAUUUGCUCAUCACACACAAAAAUCCUCUAACAUCAUUGCCCAGUGUCUUGGGUCAAAUUUAUCUAGAGUAAGUACAGACCAUUCUCAGUUAUCCUUGGUAAUUAGAGGCAGGAAUGAUACUAGUAAUUAGAAACACAGAAUGCUACCCCCUGCCUAAUUUGGCUAGCGGUUUCAGUGUCUUACUCUAUGAAACACUUCAGAGCUGUUGACAUGUAAUUGCAUAGAGAUAAGUUUCUUCUUUGUUUCAUCUUCAGUAUUUUCUGCCCUGAUGACUAGUGGGAGGGGUUGCACAGUGAGAGGGGCCCCGAAAAUAACAGUAAUAAUAAAAGGCAGCUAAUGAAAAGGAGAAACAAGAGCAUGGCUAGUAUACACACUCAAUGUUACCUCCAAUGAUUCGAGAAUUGCCUGUAAAUUAGUUUAGUUAAUAAAUGGCAUGGCACACUCCAUUUUGUUCAACACAAUGACCUAUUUAGUACCAUUACAGCUUUGGCUGCUGUUAACGAACUCAGCUCUCUAUUUUGAUAAAUGUAGUAUGAAGUGCUGAGGCAAUGCUCUCUCUCUCUCUCUCUCUCUCUCUCUCUCUCUCUCUCUCUCUCUCUCUCUUUCUUUAAAUCUAUAUAUGACAAAAUUAGGAUGGUUAGAUGGAAAAACGUGUUUUAAAACUGAACACAGAACUUCAUUACUUUCAUGUUCUGACAACACAAAAUUAACAAGAGGCAGUGUUCAAGAUUUUGAAUGGUGCUCUAGCCAAUCCAUUUUGAUGCUCACACUGCUGGUUAUGCAAUCAUAAAUAUCAACUUUUAUCCAAUGACCCGGCUUCAGUAUCAUGUCUAAGUUAAACCUGCUCACCUUUAGUUUGUACCGUUGUUUGUUGACUGACUGUUUUUACGGAAGUGGUGGUUUCUACCACACAGAAGUUCUCAUUUUACAAAAAUAGGGUAAAAUCUGCCUGCAAUAUUCAUGUUGAUAACAGAAUAAUAGAGAAUGCUAUAAAGAAUUAUAGCACAUGUAUUAUUUCCUGUUUAAAAUGUUAUUAUUUACAGUUCUUUGAAGAUAUUAUAAAAGGUUAAUUAUGUAUUUGUGCUUCGUAGUUUUCCCCUCAUGUAUCCAAGUAAUUUUAAUUUAUGUACAACUAAAUAAAUGUUGUACUGUUUAAA